GACGAUUAAAAUUCACAGAGUAUAUUAUAUUUUUUCAUUCAAUUAGCAAUUUCAUUCUGUUUUGACAUGUUUCUUUACAACCUAAAAAAACUUCACAUACCUAAUCGUUUUCUUUAGUACAUAUUGUAAAGUAUUUUUGUGUUGAUUUGUUAUUACUAUAAUGGCUGAGGCUCAUGUUGGUUUUUUGUGUAAUAUUGCAUCGACAUUAUCUAAAGAUAACAGUUCACAUAAUUUGCUUAGAAGUUAUUAUUUAAUGCGAUGUAGAACAAUAACACAUGGGUAUGGACUUCCUCAAAAGCAGUUUUCCCAUACAGCAAGAUGCCCCCGAUGUUGUCUUGAAAGAUCUGCAAAAGAUGACAUAAAAGUGAGACCGAUCAAACUUAGUAAAAGACAAAAGAAAAGAAUAAAAUCUGCAAAGUCCACAACAACUAAACAAAAGAGAAUAGAGAGAAGGAAAGCGCUACUUUGUAGUAAUGAAUUAGAACAAAUUUGCUCAUUCUGCAAAAACAAAACAAAAACACCAAUUUUGAAACCUAAGAAAGAAUCAUUAAAAAGAAAAUAUCAGCAAUCAGAAAGUAAUGAACCAGUAACAAAGAAAGCAAAAUUAAACCCAAAUGAAACAGUCAAAAAUCUUCAAAAAGCAAAUACAAAAACUAAACCACAAAUAAAUCUUUAUACAAGUGCAUUUGAUAUUUUUGCUCUAAACAACAAGAAGAAUAUUUUACCAAAUACUGUAAAGCAAGCGCCUAAAGUUAUUAAAAAUAAUAAAAAGAAAAAGGAUAAGUUUGCUGGAUUGUGUAAGCAAGCAGUACUAGCUUCAGCUAAGUUGAAAGAUAACAAACAGAAGACUGGAGACAAUAAGUUAAAUUUAUUUUUGAAACCUUCAUCAUAAGUUGUUUAAAUUCAAUUCUAAGUUAUACUAAUUAUUGUAUUAUUGUCAUAGUAUAAACUAGUGUAUUUACUAUAGAAAAUAUUACAAAUGUAGCAACAAAAUAAGGAAAUUAAAUAUAUUUUUUAAAUAUAUGUGUAUAUUUAACAUCUCUU